AUGGCCGCCCCACCAGAAGUCACCUGCACCAACUUGACCGGCAAGUUCACUAUGAACAAAUCCCUUGGCGACGACCUCGAGCCCAUGCUCAUCCUCCAAGGCAUCGGCUGGUUCGUCCGCAAAGCCAUCGGCUUGGCCACUCCCGCUCUCACCAUCAAAGAAUACAAGGAGGGUGAUGUCUACCACAUCGACAUCCUGUCCGUCGCCAGCGGCCUCUCCUCCCAACAAGAAAACCGCACCCUCGACUGGGCGGACCGCGCCCACACGGACCGCAUCUUUGGCAACGUCAAGGGCCGCUCACGGCUCUACACAUCCACUAACCUCACCCCUGCUACCGAAGGCCUCUCGACCGAGGACGUCGCCUUCCUGAACGCCCAACAGCUCAAGGAUGGCACACCCUCGAAAUGGCUGGAUGAGGGUGAACACGUGCAGAGUUUCGUGGUGAAUGUGGAUAAAGGGUACGGGUGGACGGCGGAGCAGACGUGGGGAUUUGAGGACGUCAAGGGCGAUGGCCAGCGGAGGUAUACGAGGAGGGUGAUUGCAAGGGAUGCGAAGGGGAAGGUUGAGCGGUUGAGGUUGGUUUAUGAUUACACGGGGCCGGUGGAGGGGAAGGCCGGCGCGGAGGAUGACGGGUUGGCUUAUGGGGAUUCGUGA